AUGAUCCCAUGUGAAUGUCAUCGUUGUAUCCAUUGUACACAUUCACCAUCAGCAUUAAAUGAUCAUUUAUCAGCAAACUAUUGUAAUUGUAAUUAUAUUCAUCAAUUAAAUGAUAAACCACAACAUUCUACUACUUGUCAUAGUCAACAAUUGCCCAUUAUUACUGCUUCAGAUACAUCGAGUACUUUUGACUCAGGAAUAUCAUCUGCAUACGAUCAACUACCUUUAAGAAAACAAGUAAACAACAAUCGAGAAAAUCGAAGCCAGAGCCUUCAUAGUUGGCAAACAAAUCCUAAUUUCAAGGAUAAACAUCUUUCCACUCCACGAGGAAACCGUACCCAUUCUGCGUCAAAAUCCAUUGUUACUACUACUUAUACACGUGAGUGCCCUCUAACAAACUGCCUCAUUUCAUCGUGUUAUGAAUUUGAUUCGAAACAGACAACACCUGGACAACAGUUUAGUCAACAUACUAUGAAUGAUUUACACUUAUGUGAUUCAUGUUCUUCAGUACAUCAUCAUUAUCAUAACAUUCGUCAUCAUUAUCGUCAUUCUCAUUUUCUUCACCAUCAUUCUCACUGUCCAGAAUUGAUGAUCAAUGAUUUGAAUUAUAAAUAUGAUGUGAAUAAUGAUUGUAAAAGCCAACAAGUGGUAAAUUACUUCAACAUUGAUCAUGCUGUGUUGUUGUCCAAUGAUAAUUCACAAGCACAGAUUAAUAAAAAUGGUAAAGAACCAUCAUCAUCAUCGUCACAUGGAAGAAAAUCACAUAAUCAUCACCAUCAUCAUCAUCAUCAUCAUAGUCAUCGGAAAUCUAGUGCACAUCGUAUUGGUAAUAAUAAUGUCAAUAUUACUACUAAUAGUAGUAGUACUAAUAAUAAGAAUCCUAAACAUUCAAUGAAUGUUGACAAUAGCUUGGAGUUGAACAACAAUAUUCGUCUGGAUUUGGACGAAAACGAUGAUGAUCAUGAUGAAAAUAAUACAAGUAUUACACGUUUGGACUCUAAAUUAUCUUCAUCAUCAUGUGGGAUGAUGCAACAGAGUUGCCAUACUACUUCCACAACUGGUUCAUCAGGUCCUGGAUUAGUUGUCGGCUAUUAUCUAUGCGAUGAUCCUGUUCCUUAUCGAACUGUUUGGACUGGUGGUUCACAUAAUCUACCUCCAUCUUCUUCUAUUUCUUCCUCUGGUCUAUUUGUUGAAGUUAAUGAUCAAUCAGAAAUUGUAGACAAUUUUCAAACUAAAUUGAGUAAUCAAUCUUUGUUAACAUUGGGACAAUUUAAACAAUUGAUUGCUAAAAAAGGUGUUUAUCGAUAUUUUUUCAAAAAACCCAAUGAUGAAUUUGGUACUGGUGUAGUUCAUGAAGAAUUAACAAAUGAUAAUGCUAUUCUACCAUUAUGGGAAGGUAAAGUUGUAGCACGUGUAGAACGUGCUGAUUAA